UGUCGGCGGCGGCGGCGGCGAUGGGCGUGUGUUGGGGGCCCGUGUUGCGGGUGCUGGUGCUGCAGGCGGCCUGGGCGCUGGGCGGCGGUCAGGUGCGGUACUCGGUGCCGGAGGAAGCCAAGGCCGGGACGGUGGUGGGGCGGCUGGCGCAGGACCUGGGCCUGGAGGCGGGCGAGCCGGAGGCGCGUCGGCUGCGUCUGGUGGCGCAGGGCCGUCGGGCGAGCGUGGAGGUGAGCGGGGCGAGCGGGGCGCUGGUGGUGAGCUCGCGGCUGGACCGGGAGGAGCUGUGCGGGAAGAGCGCGCCGUGCGCCCUGCGCCUGGAGGUGCUGGUGGAGCGGCCGCUGCGCGUCUUCCACGUGGAGCUGGAGGUCACGGACAUCAACGACAACGCCCCGCUCUUCCCCGCCGCACGCAAAAACCUCAGUUUAUCGGAGAACUCUCCUCCCGGGUCUCGGUUCCCGCUGGAGGGCGCGUCGGAUGCAGAUAUCGGAGCCAACGCGCAGCUCUCCUAUACACUCAGCCCCAGCGAGCACUUCUCUCUGGAUUUGGAAAACUCAGUUGAACGAAAUAUUGUACCCGAUCUUGUUUUAACGAAAGCUCUGGACCGCGAGACGAUGCCCGUGCACCGUUUGGUGGUGACGGCGAGUGACGGGGGCCGUCCGGCGCUGACGGGCACGGUGGAGCUGGUGAUCUCGGUGCUGGAUGCGAACGACAACGCGCCCCAGUUCAACCAGUCGGUGUAUAAAGUGCAGCUGCCGGAGAGCGCUGCAGAGGGGACGCUGGUGGCGCGGGUGAACGCCACGGACCCGGACGAGGGAAUUAACAGUGAGUUGACCUACUCGGCGACCAACUUCAUUCCGCUGAGUGGAAGAGAUGUGAUUACAGUCAACCCGAAGACGGGAGAGAUCCGUCUCACGGGUGCCCUGGACUUCGAGGAAGUCACCAUAUUUCAUUUUCGUAUUGAAGCAACAGACAAAGGGUGGCCCCCUUUGUCGGGUCACUGCAAGGUGGUGGUGGAUGUACUGGACGUGAACGACAACGCGCCGGAGGUGUGGGUGACGUCGCUGUCGGUGCCGGUGCCGGAGGACGCGGCGGCGGGGACGGUGGUGGCGCUGCUGAGCGUGUCGGACCGGGACUCGGGGGCGAACGGGCGGGUGCGCUGCGCGGUGUGGCCGGCGUCGCCGUUCGGGCUGGUGGCGACGUUCGCGGGCUCGUACUCGCUGGUGCUGCGGGAGGCGCUGGACCGGGAGCGGGUGUCGGAGUACGAGGUGGAGGUGCGGGCGGAGGACGGCGGGUCGCCGCCGCUGCGCGCCAGCCGCGGGGUGCGUGUGCCGGUGUCGGACGUGAACGACAACGCGCCGUCGUUCGCGCAGGCCGUGUACACGGUGCUGGCGCGGGAGAACAACGCGGCGGGCGCGGAGCUGGCGCGGCUGUGGGCGCGGGACCCGGACGAGGCGGGCAACGGUCGCGUGAGCUACUCGGUGGCGGAGGGCGUCGUCGGGGGCGCGUCGUCGGGCGUGGCGCGGCGGCCGGCGUCGAGCUACGUGUCGGUGGACGCGGAGAGCGGGCGGCUGUGGGCGCUGCAGCCGUUGGACUACGAGGAGCUGCAGGUGCUGCAGUUCGAGGUGCGGGCGGUGGACGCGGGGGAGCCGCCGCUGUGCGGCAACGCCACGGUGCAGCUCUUCGUGGUGGACGAGAACGACAACGCGCCGGCGCUGCUGCCGCUUGCGGGCGGCGGUCCGGGCGUGGGGGCGCCGGUCUCGGCGGCGUCGGGGCCGGUCUCGGGGGCGCUGUGGGCGUGGGCGGCGUGGGGGGCGCCGGCGGGGCAGGUGGUGGCGAAGAUCCGCGCGGUGGACGCGGACUCGGGCUACAACGCGUGGCUGCGCUACGAGCUGUGGGAGCCGCGGGGGAAGGGCCCGUUCCGCGUGGGGCUGUACAGCGGCGAGGUGAGCACGGCGCGGGCGCUGGAGGAGGCGGACGGCCCGCGGCAGCGGCUGGUGAUCGUGGUGCGGGACCACGGGGAGCCGGCGCGCUCGGCCACGGCCACGCUGAGCGUGUCGCUGGUGGAGGGCGCCGAGGCGGCGCUGGCGGCCGCGGGCUCGUCGUCGUCGUCGUCGUCGUCGUCGUUGUCGGGGGCGGGGCUGCGGCCGGCGGAGGGCGGCGCGUCGUCGGCGUCGGCGACGAACGUGUGGCUGGUGGUGGCCAUCUGCGCUGUGUCGAGCCUGUUCCUGCUGGCGGUGGUGCUGUACGGGGCGUCGCGGUGGGCGCCGCGGGCGGCCGUGCUGUCGGGGCCCGGGCCGGCGACGCUGGUGUGCGCCAGCGAAGUGGGGAGCUGGUCGUACUCGCAGCGCCAGAGCCGGAGCCUGUGCGUGGCGGACGGCGCGGGCAAGAGCGACCUGAUGGUUUUCAGCCCCAACUUCCCGCCGCCGCCGCCCGGCCCCGCGGCGAAGGAGACGCAGCCGGAGCCGCCCGCUCUGCUGGACACGGUCAGUGGCCCUCUUCCUCGGCCCUUCCUCGGCCCUUUCUCGCCCGACGCCCCCUUCUCGGCCGCGCCCUGGGCAGGCGGUGGUGGGAGCCGGGCUCGGCCCCCGUGGGCGCGGGCGGUGGGUGCUUGGCGGGUGCUUAAGGAUCUGAAUGGCGCCUUUGCAUCUGCCUUCGCGUCCUUGCCGGGGCCGCCCUGCUCUUGCUUUGGUGAAAAAAGCACGAAAGGUAUUGCCGCAGCCAGCAGCAGUUACCGUCCGCAGCGGAGGUUUGCUGCUCUGGCUGUUGUGGAUUGA